GAUCAAAUGGGCAAAUUCCUGCGGAGGCUCGCAUAGACUCUGCUGUGCGCCAUUCCUCGAAGAUAACCCGGUUCCGUUUCGGCGAGUGGCCUUUGCUGCUCCGCGCUAAACUGUCGAGAAGGCGAAGGGAAGGGGAGAGGAAGGAGGAGAACGGAGAUGAUGACUGGUCGUAGCGUAUUCCUCUUCUCCACUAUCUCCCCCUCUUUAAUGACGACUAGGAACCGAAGCAGAAGAAGAGGCGGAAGCGCAAGCAGAGACUCGGCUAGUUUUGGCGCUAAAAUUUAUGUCAGCUCCAAUUUGGAGGAGCAGGAAGGACCAAAGCGUCAUGACAGUGAACCUUCAUCAAGCCCUAUUAACCUAAAGGAGACUGGUUCACUUCAUUCAAGACGAAAAUGUGUUGCAUGUUUAUGUGCAACUCUAGCAGCAGUACAUAUUGCUGGACCAUUGCAUGCACCUGAUGGAUUUGCAUUAGAAUCAACGGAUAGUAAAUUAAAAUCUGUGUGUCGAAAUUGUAGCGGAAGUGGUGUUGUAUUAUGUGACAUGUGUGGUGGCACGGGAAAAUGGAAAGCACUCAACAGAAAGCGAGCAAAAGAUGUGUACGAGUUUACAGAAUGCCCUAAUUGUUAUGGUCGUGGAAAACUGGUGUGCCCUAUUUGUCUUGGCACGGGUUUACCCAACAACAAGGGGCUUCUUCGAAGACCUGAAGCGCGAAAAUUGUUGGAAAAGAUGUACAAUGGCAGGCUGUUGCCGACCUCCUAAGUAGUCUCGCAAUUAUGUUUAAAUUUGCAGGUUCUCACCUUCUGCAGUCAGACAAAAUGCUGAUAACUUGAUGCUCGCUAUGGUCUAUAUCAAUUGCACUCAGAGCAGUAAUUUGUCGAGCUUUGAUGGAGCUUAUGAGUAUAAGUGAUGAAUGUUUCCUACUUCAACCAUCAUGGUAACGAGAGUAAAAGAACACAUAGGAUUGUUGCUUCUAUCUGUUAUGGUGCUUAUGUUAAUUUAGAAAAUUUUCCAUUAAUUGUAUAGACAAUGCUUCGAUAAUAAAAUUGUUUGUGAAGAGGCA